CGAGGACGCGCUGUUUGAGGUCCUUGAUCGUUUCCGGGUCCACGUAUUGUGAAUGUGGCUAAAAUCCUCCCGAAUGAUGUCUUUAAUCAGGUUUUUAGGUCAUUCCAUGGUUUAGGGGUUAAACUGCAGCGGAUUCUCUGUGAGCAAAGACAGAUUUACCUGCAUCCUUAGGUCUUCGCGGGAGCAAGAUGUCCUGGCUCACAGACCUGGCAGGAAAGGCAGAACACUUCCUGAAUCAAGUGGACCAGGGAGCUGCGACUGCUCUGAGCAAGAACCAGGCCAGAACCUCUUCUUUUUCAUCGUCCUACGAACAGGAAUCCAAUGUCAGGAAUGAGUUUGUUUCCACGGCCGCGGUGGAAGCUGACGCACCGUCACCCUGUCAUGAUGCGCCGAGCUUCAUCGCUGCUGCAGCGGGAAACAUCAAGAGAUCUAGUGCAACCCUGCUGGCUGGGACCGCCAACAUUCCCAGUAACGCAGCCAGUGCUGGCAGCGGCGCCGCCAACUCCAUCAAGAGCUCGUCCAGCUUUGUGAGACCCAAAAAGAGCGAGCAGGACGUGAACGACGACAUGCUCUUCAACUUCCUGAACAGCUCGGAUCCUCCGGAAAUCAGCCGACGGGAUUCGAGGAAGGAUCUGGCAAAAGUGGCGGCUCCGAUCCCAGAGCUGCAGAACCCAACCCCGACUCCGCCUCCCGCCUGUGUCCAGGCCACGCUGUCGGCCCCGCCCACGCCCCCCUCCACCCGCGGCGUCUCCAGGACCUCCAGCAUGAGCUCUCUGUCCGCUCACAGCAACCGAACGUCAGAGGAACCAACCCAAGACACACCUGACAGUUCAGACUCCAGCUUGGCUGUUCUUCAGGAUUCCAGUAAACAGGGGACCCCCCCUCCUCCCCCCACGGAGGAGCCCGCCAGCCAGGUCCUGUCCAGCCUGCGCCUGGAGAACCAGCUGCUGCGCAGCGAGGUGGCGUCCCUCAACCAGGAGAUGGCGUCGGUCAUUCAGAGAGCCAAAGACCUGCAAGAGGAGCUGAACCAGGCCCGUCUGCGGGCGGACCGGUGGAACUCGGAGCAGGCCCAGAAGGACCGCGCGUUUCGAGAUCUUCGCUCGCAGGUCGAUGACCUCAGUGAAGCUUUGUCCGCCAAAGACGGUCAGCUGGCGGUCUUGAAGGUCAGACUGGAUGAAGCUGAUCAGCUUCUGAAAUCCCGCAACGCUGCGUUGGAGGAGGCUCAGAGAGAGACGUCCAGAAUCAUGCAGGACCACACAGAGGGCAGCAGCAUGAACUCGCAGGCGCUGGAAACCAUGCAGGAGAGGCUGAGGGAGGCCGAGAAGGCGGUCAGGAGGGAACAGGAAAGCUACCGACAGAUGCAGACCGAGUACGCCGGCCGCAUGGGGAAGCUGGAGGCCGAGAGGCAGACUCUGGCGGAGGCGCUGACGGCGGCGGAGCGGCGUGCAGCAGAGGACAGACUCCGGGUAGACGAGCUCCAGCAGGCGGUGAGGAGCGCCAAAGCUGCAGCCGAGUCCGCUAAGCAGGAGUUCCAGGACUACAAGAGCAAAGCUACACGCAUCCUUCAGUCCAAAGAAAAGCUGAUAAACAGCCUGAAGGAGGGUUCUGGUCUGGACGUGACGGACAGCAGCAGGACUACGGUUCUGGAGAUGGAGGCGCUGCGUCAUGAAAAAGAGCUGCAGAGAGAAGAGAUCCAGAAACUGCAGGGGCAAGUGAGCACGCUCCGCGCCGAAAUCCAGGAUCUGGAGGCUCAGGCCCUGGCGGAGGCGGAGUCGUGGCGGGAGCAGCAGAUGCACCUGCAGGAGCAGGAAGCUGCGCAGAGUCGAGCUAAGCGGGAGUUGGAGGCGGAGAUGGAGCGCUGCAGACAGGAGCUUCAGUAUCUGGAGGAGGAGCACCAUCGAACCAAAACCUCCCUGCAGAGUCGGAUCAAAGACAGAGAAGACGAAAUCCAGAAGCUCAGGAAUCAGCUGACCAACAAGACUCUGAGCAGCAGCAGCCAGACGGAGCUGGAGAACCGGCUCCACCAGCUGACGGAGACGCUGAUCCAGAAGCAGACCAUGCUGGAGGCGCUCGGCACGGAGAAGAGCUCCCUGGUUUUCCAGCUGGAGCGUCUGGAGCAGCAGCUGAAGAGCUCCCAGGGGGGGCCGAGCGGGGGGCCGGCCAUCAACAUGAGCGGCCUGGAGGGGCCAGGAGCCCGACAGAGGAACUCCCCGGUGCUGUUCAGCGACCACGACGCUCCAGGAGUUUAUGGAAAAGUUCGUAAGGCAGCCAGCACCAUCGACCGCUUCAGCAUAAGACUGGGAAUCUUCCUGAGGCGCUACCCCGCGGCCAGAAUGUUUGUUAUUCUCUACAUGGCGGUUCUGCACCUGUGGGUCAUGAUUGUCCUUCUGACGUACACGCCUGAAAUGCACGGCCGCCCCGACGGCAGAUAGAAGACCUGAACGUCACGCUUUAAAAUGGACAGAAGCUGCUGGAAUACGGACUCUUUAGACUUAAUAAUUCCUUAUUUUGCACAGAGAUGCUAAGAAACGAAGAAGGUCACUCUGACUCAUUUCUGGUUGUUGAUAGAAGAACGGUUAUCAGAUAGCUGGGUUUUAAGUACAGAGCAGUUUAUUGUGUUGGUUGUCUCCUGAAAGGAUUGAAAUAGAAAGUUCUUCAGAUUAUAUUCUUUCAGUUCUUUGAUGUCCUGAGAGAUUGUAUUUAAAACAGAGUCUUUUAAUAAACGACACUAUGCAGUUUCUGGAGAAAUUGCCCUGAAAUCGUGGAACCCGGUUCUUUUUUAUUUAUUGGUGGUUACUGAGAUCUCUGAUGGUUAAGCUGAUCCUGUCCAGAGAAAAUAAAGUCUAUUAAAGACAA